ACUUUUUCGAGAUCGAUAAUUUAGUUGAUGGUAGUUGCGGUUUCGUGACAGACUGUGUGUAUACAUUUUCAGAACAAUUUCAACUGUCAACAAAUACCUACACUAGUAAACCAAACCUUCAACGGUUCCCAAGUAAAUGUCAGUCAAUUAACUCUUCAAAACAAAAAGGACGGAGCAGUUUAAAGAUGAGGAAUUCUUCUCGGAAAGACGUCUUCUUGUGUAAGAUAUUCUCACUCCAGAAAUGGAAGUCUCGGAACCAAAUUCUUCAUACGAUGUUCUUCUUUCGGAAUUCUCAUCAUUUUAGACCAAAACAAACAGUAGGACAAUUUGGACGUGAUGAUUGCAUCCUACCGAUAACGGAUGAUCGAUCUAGGACGAAGGACUUAGGAAGAGAAAAACAAAAUUUAAACCGAACAACAAAACAAGAACCUUCAACGAUGACAGAUUUUUUAUGUUAGCUGAACGCCUCCAAAAGGAAUUUAACAGCAGAAUGGUGGCCGAUCAACCCCCGAAUGUGCCGGUCGAGAAUCAAGGGCUGGUUCUUCAACAUCAGCAUCGUCAACGUGCAUAUCUCUCACCUCGGAAGUACGAUGACGACAAAGACAAAUUCUACGCGCAGCUGAAGCGUGAAAACGACCGCUGCCCAAAACAUGGUAUCAAAAUCGUCAUCGGGGAUGUUAACGCUUAUAUCGGCCAGGAGGAGGAAUUCAAUCCGACAUUUGGAAGGUUCAGUGCGCACCAGCUGACCAACGAAAACGGCAUCAGACUAAUAGAUUUCGACGACUCAAAACGAAUGGCCGUACGUAGUACCUUUUUCCAGCACCGCCUCCCACAUAAGUACACGUGGAGAUCACCGUACCAAUCGCAAUCACAGAUCGACCACGUUUUGAUAGACAGCCGGCACUUCUCGAACAUCAUCGAGGUCAGGUCCUGUCGGGGCGCCAACAUCGAGUCACACCAUUAUCUUGUGAUGGUUAAGAUGCGCCCAAAACUUUCCGUAGUGAACAACACACGAAACCGGCGCCCACCUCGGUUAAAUAUCACACGACUGGAGCAACCUGGGGUUGCAGCAGACUACGCGUUAUCGCUCGAAGCAGUGCUGCCGGCAGAGGGCGAGCUUAAUAAAGCCCCUCUCGAGGACUGUUGCUGCGGAGAACGUCAUCGGUCAUUUGGAACGAACUCGACGGAACGACUGGUUCGACGGGAAGUGUAGGAUGGUGAUGGACGAAGAGAAUGCCGGACGGACGGCAAUAGUGCAAAGAGGCACCCGUCCAAAUGUGGAAUAUCACCGAUAGCAGAAGAGGCAGCGAGUCCGAAUUUUCCAGGAGAAAAAGCGCUGCCUCAAAGCAUCCCGCAAAGGCUUCGUGUCCCAAGCCGAAAUGUGCCGGGAUAAGGACGAAGCCUUCCUAACGGACAAUCGUCAGGUGAUCAAAAGGUGGAAGCGGUCCACAUGCAGGAGAUCAAGAUGGUAGGGGAAGAUACAUCGCCGGCGUAGCCAACGACGUAGAGGAGCCACUCCCAACGAUGAGUGAAGUUAAGGGAGCCAUUUGCCAGCUGAAUAGCAACAAGUCGGCUGGGAAGGAUGGUAUCGCAGCUGAACUCAUCAAAAUGGGCCCGGAUAAGUUGGCCGAUUGCCUACGCCGGUUGAUGAUCCGAAUCUGGGACAUAGAACAGCUACCGGAGGAGUGGAAGGAGGGGAUAAUACCCCCCAUCUUAAAGAAGGGCGCCAAAUUGAACUGUGAGAACUACCGAGCGAUCACUGUCCUGAAUGUCGCCUACAAAGUGCUGUCUCGAAUCCUACUCCGCCGCCUAACGCCACAAGCAAACAGAUUCGUGGGAAGUCAUCAGGCUUCAUGAAGGGACGGUCAACGACGGACCAGCUCUUCACAUUACGGCAAAUUCUCCAAAAAUGUCUUGAACACCGAGUCCCUACGCACCAUCUAUUCAUCGACUUCAAAGCCGCGUACAACACGAUCGAUCGUGAUGAGCUAUGGAAAAUCAUGGACUAGAAUGGCUUCUCUGGGAAGUUGAACAGACUGAUCAAGGCGACGAUGGAUGGAACGCAGUGCUGUGUGUGGAUUUCGGGUGAAUUGUCGAGUUCAUUUGAUUCGCGCAGGGGGCUUCGACAAGGCGAUGGUCUGCAUGAUGUUCAACGUGGCGCUAGAAGGUGUUAUUCGAGGAGCGGUGGGUGAAAUACGGGGCACGAUUUUCAACUGAUCCAGUCAACUUAUCUGCUUUGCCGAUGAUAUUGAUAUAGUCGACAGAUCAUCUGCGGCAGUGGAGGAGAUCUAUCGCAAACUGAAACGCGAAGCAGGAAGGACUGGGUUGAUGAUUAAUACGUCCAAGACGAAGUACAUGCUGGCCUGCGGAUCCGAGACCGACCGAACCCGCUUGUCCAGUAAUAACAAGGUCACGAUCAACGGCGACGAGCUGGAGAUAGUCGUAGACUUUGUCUAUCUCGGCUCACUGGUGACCGCAGACAAUGACAACAGCCAUGAGAUCCGGCGGCGAGUUAUCAGCGAAAGUCGUGCCUACUAUGGACUCCACAAGCAACUGCGGUCGAGAAGACUUAGCCCUCGCACGAAGUGUGACCUGUAUAUGACGCUCAUAAGACCGGUUGUUCUUUACGGGCACGAGAUAUGGAUAUUGCUCGAAGAGGACUUGCGUACGCUCGGAGUAUUCGAGCGAAGAUUGUUAAGAACCAUCUUUGGCGGCGUGCAGGGACCAUCAGAGCGCUCAUAAGACCGGUUGUUCUCUACGGGCACGAGAUAUGGAUAUUGCUCGAAGAGGACUUGCGUACGCUCGGAGUAUUCGAGCGAAGAUUGUUAAGAACCAUCUUUGGCGGCGUGCAGGGGACGGAGUGUGGAGGCUACGGAUGAACCAUGAGCUCGCGCGACUCUACGGCGAACCCAGUAUCCAGAAGGUGGUGAAGGUUGGACGGAUACGCUGAUGUGGCGAGAAUGCCGGAUUGUCCUGCAUUACAGGUGUUCGCUGCCAAACCGGUAGGAACGAGACGAGCAGCGGCGCAACGAGCGAGGUGGCUAGACUAAGUGGAGCGUGAUCUGGCGUAUUUGGAAUGCCCGAGAAGUUGGAGAACGGUUGCCAUGGGUCGAGUGAUU